GGCUGCAGUGGCUGCAGGGCCGGCACCGCGACGCCUGAGCGUCGUUGGCCUGUGGGUUGCGCGCGAUUCGCGUGGCGCCUUCGCUCGAUACCCGCUGCGGCAAAACCAUCUGGUUCCGCUGGUAGCGGCUACCGUGUGGUGGGAGCAGCCUCUGUUUUAUUUCUGUCUCGGUGUCCGUCUGCACCGGGCCAAGGAAGACGCAAUCGUGCAGUUUUCGCGGCGUUCCCAAACGUCCGUCAUCACGAGCAAGCAGUUCGACUUCGACCCGCGUUCGGUCCGUACCGAUCUCCGUGUCCAUCGGCAUGGAAGACAGCUACACGGUGCACAGGCGGCGCAAGGCUGCCGCCAGGAAGCGUGAGAAGACGCCGGACCCAUCCUCGAGGAACCAGCAGCUGGUGGAGACGUCCGAUGACGAAGAGGCGGCCAGACGCGCCAGGAUGGAGCAGAUGGCGGACGAUGCUGAGCGAGUGGAGGUAGAGGAGAGAGAGAAGAAAACGAAACAAGAAGAAGAACCGAAGGUGGAAGAAAGGAAGAAGAGGAGUCCAACGAGCAUCGAGAAAGCUGAGAAACCGAGGAUGACGAGCGAGGAAAAGAAGAGUUCUCCCGUGAAGGAAUCGCAAGCACGUGAGAAUGACGCCAAUGACGAGACCACUGCGCGGUCGGUAAGGAAGGAGGUGGUCAGUAAAGCGGGUAACGGAAGUCCAACGAAAGAGGCGUCGAAGAUUAACGAGGUGGCGGAGAAGAAGUACCAGGAUGGUAUACCCAAGUCGAAGGAAAUUGACGGAGACAUCGAUCAACCGGUUGAACCCAGGAAGGUGGAGAGACGGUUGAAGAAGAAGUCGAGGGAACGGAUGGAGAGACACGGUCAGUCGACUGAUUCCAGCGAUAUGGAGGAAAUAGAUAAGCAUCCAAGAAGAACCAAAUCGCCGGAAGGGGGUAAGAUUAGGGUGAAGAAAACGGUCUCGAAGAAGAUCAUCAGUGGUGAUGGCGAGGUCACGACGAAAGAGGUGAUCGAGAAACCCCCCCGGGAAAAGAGACCGAAUAAACAGAAGCUGGAGGAUACGGAUGUUCAAGUGAAACCGGAGAGAAGAAGUUCCAGGGUACACAGUCAAACCGACGACAUCGACGAGGAUCCAAAGAUGAAGAAAAGCGAAUCUUUCCCUCGUCAAACCACCGAAGAAGUCAGGAUGAAGAGAUCCUCCUCCGACGUGAAGAAGCAGAUAAUACCUCUGAGCAACGACAGCCUUAUACAGGACUUCGCCAAGGCCCAACAGGAAUACCUAAUGAGGGAACGAAGCAUCCUCGAUGCCGAAACACCCGAUGUAUUCGAGGAUGCACAAGAAGAAACGACACUGAGAAGAAGGAAGUUCAGCAUACCUCUCACAGAACAGGAACAAGACACCAUCGAGAAGUCCAUCGACAAGCUGAAAGAGGCUCAGAAGAAGAGAUCUUGGUUCUCCUGGCUGCCGUUCUUCGAUAGACAAAAGGUAGACAAGGAAUCAAAAAAGAUGGAGGACCAGGAAGAACCAGCGAAGACCAAAGAUCACCAAGUACCACCGAAGCAAAUGGGAAUUAAACUGGUGGGAAAGCUGGACCAACCGAGGAAGGUCACCUUCGUAGACUUCCUGAGGACGAUGAAGGACGUAGUCGCGGAGUUCAAGGCAUUCGUGGCACAGAAUCCCAGAGAAGCCGAGAUCGUGAGAAGUCUGAGGAACCGUUGCAUGUCGGAGUUGAUGCUGGUCAUGAUCUACUGUGGUCUAGGCGCGUUCGUCUUCAGGUUCACUGAGGGAGCCUUCGAAACCUUCUACAAAUGCGGCGUGAAGCGGGUGAAACGGGACUUCCUGGACAGUCUGUGGAACUACAGCCAUAACCUGAGGGAGGACGACUGGAAGAGCAUGGCUAGGCGGAAGUUGAUGGAGUUCGAAGAGCAACUGCACACGGCUCACGAGGCGGGCAUGCACACGUAUAGCGGGCAAAGGAGCUGGAGCUUCUUAAACGCCGUCGUGUACUGUCUGACCGUUAUAACCACCAUCGGAUACGGCCACAUUUCGCCUAGUACCAACACCGGAAGAGCAAUCACAAUAGUUUACGCUAUCUUCGGGAUCCCGAUGUUUUUGAUAAUACUAGCUGAUUUUGGUAAAUUGUUCACUCGUGGUAUCAAAUUCCUCUGGGCAUUUGUGAGGAGGGUGUACUAUACCGGAAGUUGCCGCAAAGUUCGUCGAACCGUACCUGUUCAGGAGGUGAUGAAAGGCGUGCAACUGGUUUACGACCUAGCAACGUUCAAGAGACCCUCACAGAUAAACCCAGAGGACAUUGAGGAAAUGCAGAAGCAAGCGCAACAAUCCCAAACAGUGCUGAACAUAGACGCAAACGCACCCGACACACCAGGAACACCUGCCAUGUCCACGUUCGCCAUCGACGACGAGUUCAACCUGCCGAUCUCGGUGGCCAUCUUCAUUCUGCUGGGUUAUAUUUUCAUAGGCGCCACGCUAUUCUGCCUGUCGGAAGAUUGGGGCUUCUUCGAGAGCUUCUACUUCGUCUUCAUCUCCAUGAGCACUAUUGGCUUCGGCGAUUACGUGCCAAAGCAUCCCAUAUACAUGAUGUGUUCGAUAAUAUACCUGGUGUUCGGCCUGGCCCUCACGUCCAUGUGCAUCAACGUCGUACAGGUGAUGCUAUCAGACUCGUUCAGGCAGGCAAGUCAGAAGAUUGGCGCGACGAUUGGCUUCGAGAUCGCUGAAGAUGAUCGAUCGGUGAAUCCAGCGGUUCCUCCACCGGUCGAGGUAGCAGAGGUCCACACUAGCAUCAAAGAGUCUGAGAGCAUUGAGAAGAUCGCACCCAAGGCCAAGCAGGAAGAUGUCGACUUAUAAAAACUUUCUGAAAAACCGAAAAAAUAGUCGAGUUAUCCGAUCGAUCGCUGCGUUCGCACAACGAGCACCAAUGACACGCGUUUCCGCCUUAAGACGUCUUAAAGUUCGUCUGCUCGCUUAAAUGGACAAUGAGAAAUCGAUGGUCCAGUGACAAAUCGAGAUCGUGGAAAUGAAGUUGGCAAAAGUACACGUAUAUAUAAUUCAAUUUGAAAUUGGUGCUUCAGUUUUUCCAAAGACUGUUCACAGUCAUCUUCUCAACUUACUUGGACAGAAUGUAGAUAGCGUUUCCGGUCAGUGUAGAAACGGCCAAUCGACGUUUUAAGCUCCUCAUGGGACGCACAGGAAUCGACU